AUCCAAAAGCAAUGUGAGAAAAAGCCUUCCGAUCAAAGAUUAAAAGUCGACAUUUUUUGUAGAAUCUAAAACCAUAUACUGUACGUCAUAGAUCAAAGACAGAGACUAAUAUUGUAACUUGCAACCAAAUAUCAUGGAGGAAAACGAGUUUGAUGCUCUAAAUCAGCAUCGUGACCCUUACUCUCCAUUGUCUUUGGCUUGGCCAAGGAACCGAACAAGUGCGGAAACCUGGGUUCAUUAGCAAAAAGCCUUAGCCUUUCAGCAGCAACGCUGACAAUUCACAGAAUUGGCAUCACUCAGAAACUUCACGUAUCUAUCUGUGACUCAAUAACACAAAAUUCGAGGAAUUGAGCAAAAGCAUCUGACUUGAAAAAGCAUCUGACUUUGAAAAUCUCGCACUUUUUAAUCCCUUGGAACACGAAAGCUCUGAAAUUGCAGACGAAAGUUCGGUUCUGGAUACUGUCCCCUUCGUAGACGACCACAUUGACUCAUCUCCUGCCCCGAUUCAAUCAUCACAGCUCUGAAAUCCAUAACGUCAUCAAGAUCCUCCACCAACGGAAUACGCGGAGGCUGUUGUUGAACGGCGGGCGAUACGCAGAGUGGCCACUGGAGUAGCUCGGAGAUUGGAGAAGAUAACACGCGUGGGAGAAGCUAAAAGUCGAAAUCGCUGUACAUCAGGCCCGAAUAGAGCAGUACGGUGUAAGUUUACGCCGGCCAUGGAGAUUGAAGUCGCGGUGGCCGGAGGCUGAGUUUUUCGCGGUUUUGCGUGAGAUGAGAGUUUGAGGAAUCUGAUUGCCCCGCGGAUUGACACGUGUCCAACGUAAAGCAUACGAUAUUUUCAUUUUCUUCGGAUAAUAAAUGAAACGAAGAUAAAGGGGAUAUCUGCAAAAAGGAAAAGAUACUUUAGUAAAGAAACGACGUCGCUUUUGUUCGUCGUUUCCCCAGUCUCGUCUGGUACACAGAUGUUUUGUGGAAAAACGUGAGCCAACCCACGUUUCAAGAAAGAAACAACUGCAUCAAACGUUCCUUCUCUCUCUCUCUCUUCUCUCAUUUUUUAUACUCUCAAUCUGCUUUAAAGCGUUUAUUAAGUACUUCUUUUAUCACUCUGAAUUUUUUAAAUAAAAAAUUGCAGAUAUUUGCUGGUGUUGCUGUGUCUAACUCUACUAAUUUCCCCUGUUACGAAAGAUGAGUAAAGUUCCGGUAAGAAUCGUAGGGAUUCUUCUAUGGAUGUGUGUCUGGGUUUGUAAUGGGGAUGGUGAGUAUGUGCUGUACAAGGACCCGAAACAGAAGGUGUCAGAUCGAGUUGUGGAUUUAUUGGGUAGAAUGACUCUGGAAGAAAAGAUUGGUCAGAUGGUUCAGAUAGAUAGAAGUGUGGCUACUGUCAACAUUAUGAGAGAUUACUUCAUCGGCAGCGUAUUGAGUGGUGGUGGGAGUGCUCCACUUCCUGAGGCAACUGCUCAGAAUUGGGUUGAUAUGAUAAAUGAGUAUCAAAAGGGAGCUCUAGUGAGUCGUUUGGGCAUUCCUAUGAUAUAUGGCAUUGAUGCCGUUCACGGGCAUAACAAUGUCUACAACGCUACUAUCUUCCCUCACAAUGUUGGUCUUGGAGCCACCAGGGAUCCUGAUCUAGUUAAGAGGAUUGGAGCAGCAACUGCAGUCGAAGUCAGAGCCACUGGAAUUCCAUACACGUUUGCUCCUUGCAUUGCAGUUUGUAGAGAUCCAAGAUGGGGUAGGUGUUAUGAGAGCUACAGUGAGGAUCACAAAGUCGUGGAAGACAUGACGGAUGUCAUACUUGGUUUACAAGGAGAGCCUCCUUCCAACUUUAAGCACGGAGUUCCAUUCGUUGGUGGAAAGGAUAAAGUUGCAGCAUGUGCCAAGCAUUAUGUGGGAGAUGGUGGGACAACCAGAGGAAUAAAUGAGAACAACACAGUGACUGACUUACACGGUCUUCUCAGCGUUCACAUGCCUGCUUAUGCUGAUGCAAUUUACAAAGGUGUUUCCACAGUGAUGGUUUCAUAUUCGAGCUGGAAUGGUGAGAAGAUGCAUGCAAAUACUGAGCUCAUUACAGGGUAUCUCAAGGGUACCCUUAAGUUUAAGGGUUUUGUUAUUUCGGAUUGGCAAGGCGUUGAUAAGAUCUCUACACCACCGCAUUCGAACUACACAGCUUCUGUCCGAGCUGCUAUUCAAGCUGGCAUUGAUAUGGUCAUGGUCCCUUUCAACUUCACCGAAUUCGUCAAUGAUCUUAUGUCCUUGGUGAAGAGCAAAGUAAUUCCUAUCACACGGAUUGAUGAUGCUGUCAGAAGAAUCCUGCUUGUCAAGUUCACCAUGGGUCUUUUUGAGAACCCUUUGGCUGAUUACACCUUUUCCAAUGAACUAGGAAGCCAAGCACAUAGAGACUUGGCAAGGGAGGCUGUUAGGAAAUCACUUGUGCUGCUGAAAAACGGGAACAAAACCAAUCCUAUGCUCCCACUUCCCAGGAAGACUUCAAAGAUCCUAGUCGCUGGUACUCACGCUGAUAAUUUAGGUUAUCAAUGCGGUGGUUGGACCAUAACAUGGCAAGGAUCUAGCGGUAACAAAAACACAAGGGGGACUACGAUUCUUGGCGCCAUAAAAUCAGCUGUUGAUCAAAGCACUGAAGUUGUCUUCCGCGAAAACCCAGAUGCUGAAUUCAUCAAAGCAAACAACUUUGCUUACGCUAUCAUCGCUGUGGGUGAACCUCCAUACGCAGAAACAGCAGGAGAUAGCGACAAGCUAACCAUGAUGGAUCCCGGUCCAGCCAUUAUUAGCUCCACUUGCCAGGCUGUCAAAUGUGUGGUUGUGGUCAUUUCAGGCAGACCACUUGUGAUGGAACCUUACCUUGCCUCGAUCGAGGCAUUGGUUGCAGCGUGGCUACCGGGAACAGAAGGCCAAGGUAUCACUGAUGCUCUGUUUGGGGACCAUGGCUUCAGUGGAAAACUACCUGUGACUUGGUUCAGGAACACAGAGCAGUUGCCUAUGAGCUAUGGAGAUUCUCAUUAUGACCCGCUCUUCGCUUACGGGUCUGGUCUUGAAACUGAGUCAGUUGCGAGCAUUGUUGCUAGGUCAACCUCAGCUUCUGCUGCUGUUACAAAGCCAUGCAUAAUCACAGUCCUUGUCUCUGCUACAUUUUGUCUGUUUCUCUUCCCAAGCUUAAGCCGAGUUUUGAGAUGAUGAAAGCUGCAAAAGCUUGGGGUAGAUCAUUCUUUCGGUUAUCUGAUCGUGGGAGCUUUUUUUUUUCUUUUCUUUCUUUUCUUUUCGCUCUUGUAGCCUAGCUAAAAAGAUCCUGAAUCUGUGUCAUGAUACUGUUCAGAGUUAUUGCAGCCCUGAACAUUCUUGGAUGAUUAAACUGGAAAGUUCUUCUAUGAAAGUUCUAAAAUUUCU